AUGAACAUGUUAAUAGGUGGACGAGUCAUCCAGGGAAUUGGAGGAGGUGCAAUUCAGGCCAUGGUUGUGGUGAUAAUGACAGAAGUCAUUCCCAUUUCCAAACGUUCCAUGGUUUUUGCACUUAUUGGUGUCACCUUCUCAGUCGCAAGCGUAGUGGGUCCAUUUGUCGGAGGAGCAUUUGCAACCCAUGUUUCUUGGAGAUGGUGCUUCUAUGUGAAUCUUCCCAUUGGUGGUGCUGCGGCAGUGAUGCUUAUGCUUGGAUUCCAUCCCCCAAGACCACUGUCAAAUUUCAAAGCCAAGUUGGCUCUUAUAGACUACGUUGGAACCUUUCUUCUUUGCAGCGGAUUGGUGUUAAUUCUCUUGGCCAUCACCUUUGGGGGCAUUGAGUUUCCCUGGAAAUCAGGAGCGGUGAUCUCCUGCUUUAUAUUGGGUGGACUCUUGACUUUUGCAUUCAUCUACUGGAAUUUCUGGUUUUCUAAAAAUCCCAUAAUUCUCAGAGAGCUUGUGGUGAUUCCUCAGAUAGACGCUGCGGUUCUCAUGGCUGGAUUCAACUUUGGUUUCUUCAUGGCAAUUAUCACCUACCUAGCAGUCUACUUUCAGGUGGUUUUUGGGGCUUCUGCUUGGAAGUCUGGUAUCGAUCUUCUUCCAUUGGUCAUAUCAGUGGCACUCUCGUCAGUUUUUAAUGGUAUGUUUAUGAGAUUUACGCACUACAUCAAAGUCACCAUGAUGGUAUCAGCAGUGUUGGGCCCUAUAGGUUGUGGUCUACUCUUGGUAUUGGACAAAAACUCUUCGGUUGCAAAUAGAAUUGGACUUCUCAUACCCGUUGGUGUUUCUAUCGGAUUUAUGUUCCAGUCCACUAUGCUAGCUUGCCAGGUGGAAGCACCAAAUACGGUCGUGGGAUCUUUGAUCGCCGUCACCGUUUUGCAGAACUUUGUAAAGUCCACUGGUGGAGUUCUUGGUAUCAGCAUAGCACAACUUAUUUUUCAGACGACCGGAAGUGCUUAUAUUGAAAAAUUAAGAAACAGAUUGCCCAACGAUCCACAAUAUGACUCCAUUCGGAACAUCCCAUCCAGAGCAAUAAUUUCAACUCCAGAAAUUAUCAAGAAAUUAUCACCAGCUGCACGGUCCCUCGUAAUCGAGCAGUUCAUGAAAGCCUUGAAAAAUGUAUUUUACUUUUCUUUGGCUAUGGCCCUUGCUGGUUUUCUCGCUGCAAUAUUUACGACUAAUAAGACCAUUCCAAAAGAUGAUGAGGUAGCUACAAAGGAAGCCAAAAAAAAGGAUGUUGAGGCUUGA